UACUCUUCAUUCUUCUCAAUAUCAAUUUUCUCAGCCUAAAUGGCUCUCUCAUUUUCAAACAUUUCCAUUCUUACCUUUUUAGCAUCUCUCUUCAUCUGUUCAGUUGUAGCUCAUGAUUUUUCCAUCGUUGGUUACUCGCCAGAGCACCUGACUUCCAUGGAGAAACUCAGUGAGCUAUUUGAAUCAUGGAUGUCUAAACAUGUCAAGAUCUACAGAAGCAUUGAAGAGAAGCUACACCGGUUUGAGGUUUUCAAAGUUAAUUUGAAGCACAUUGAUAAUAGAAACAGGGAUGUUACUACCUACUGGCUUGGACUGAAUGAAUUUGCUGACCUUACCCAUGAAGAGUUCAAGAGCAAAUACUUGGGAUUGAACACAGACUUACCAAGGAAAGGAACUUCCGGAGGCUUCAGUUACAGAGAUGUCGUCGACUUACCCAAAUCUGUCGAUUGGAGAAAGAAAGGAGCUGUCACUCCAGUUAAGAACCAGGGUUCAUGUGGUAGCUGUUGGGCAUUCUCGACAGUUGCUGCUGUGGAGGGCAUAAACCAGAUUGUAACAGGAAACCUAACUUCACUUUCCGAGCAAGAGUUGAUUGAUUGUGACACUGCAUUCAAUAGUGGCUGCAAUGGAGGCCUCAUGGACUAUGCAUUUGAAUACAUAGUAAACAAUGGAGGACUUCACAAGGAGGAAGACUAUCCAUAUCUCAUGGAAGAAGGCACUUGUGAAGAAAAGAGGGAAGAGAUGGAGGCAGUGACUAUCAGUGGUUACCAUGAUGUGCCACAGAAUGAUGAAGAAAGUCUCCUGAAGGCACUAGCUCACCAACCUCUUAGCGUAGCUAUUGAGGCUUCUGGGAGAGAUUUCCAAUUCUGUAGCGGGGGGGUGUUCAGUGGACCGUGUGGAACAGAUCUAGAUCAUGGAGUAGCAGCAGUUGGAUACGGAUCAUCAAAAGGGCUAGAUUACAUCAUUGUGAAGAACUCCUGGGGACCAAAAUGGGGUGAAAAGGGCUACAUAAGAAUGAAGAGAAACACAGGAAAACCAGAAGGGCUCUGCGGCAUCAACAAAAUGGCUUCUUACCCUACCAAAAAGAAGUGACACAGUAAUGUCAACGGGAAACCGUUUCCGCUUCUUUUGUGAUAGCUACUUCCGUGAUUCAUGAAAUUUCCCUGUUCUAAUUCUUGUCAGUGCUCUCUAUCAAUAAAAAUGAGAUGAAAAUUUAUGUCCAA